AGUUUUGCUGGCUGGAGCGCCGGGGAUGCAUCAGCGGCGGUAAAUGGGAGUUUUUGAGCGUUUCCUUUCGGUAAAGGAGCUGCAAGUUCAGUACCAUGAUCAGCAACCCCCAGCGACGGGGCGGGGGUUUGUCCGUUUGAAGGGGAUCGGAGAUCGGAAUUGGGACGGGUCGGGAAGAACAAGGUCCUGCACCUGACGAAGAGCUUCUAGUCCAGGAAGAUUUACCCCACGAAAAAAAUAUCUUUAAGUUCAACUUCUGAUCUGAUGACAAGCAAUUCCUAAGCAAUGUUGCUAGGGGAAAUCUCCAAGGACCUCCUAACCCAGCUGCUAACUCGAAAUGAAGUAUUUGCUGUCCUUCUCCGCCUGACUGUCUUUGGGGCUGCCACCUAUUUCAGCAUAAAGUGGGUAUCAGAUGCCCUGGAUCCCACUCGAAAGCAAAGGAUACUGCUAAAGAAACAGGCAGAACGCUUGAUGAAGCAAAUUGGAGUAGAAGGAGUGAAGCUUACAGAACAUGAGAUGAACAUUGCAGCUCACCUGGUGGAUCCAAAGGACAUAAAAGUCUCUUGGGAGGACAUUGCAGGUUUGGAUGAAGUGGUCAGGGAACUUCAGGACACAGUGAUCCUGCCUUUCCAGCAGAAGCACUUGUUUCGUCACUCCAGGCUCUGCCAACCCCCAAGAGGUGUUCUGCUUUAUGGUCCUCCUGGCUGUGGCAAAACCCUUCUUGCCAAAGCGACAGCCCAAGCUUCGGGAUGCAGAUUUAUCAACUUGCAAGCAUCUACCGUGACUGACAAAUGGUAUGGAGAGUCACAGAAGCUCACAGCUGCAGUUUUCUCCUUGGCAACCAAAAUCCAGCCCUGCAUCAUUUUCAUAGAUGAAAUAGAUGCCUUUCUGAGGAAUCGCUCUGAUUCUGAUCACGAAGCCACAGCUAUGAUGAAAGCUGAGUUCAUGAGCCUUUGGGAUGGGUUGGAAACUGGACCCAAUUGCCAGGUACCAUCUAGCAGGAACCCAUAG